AUUAUUUUGAAAAAUUUUGGUUGGUCUUCAGUUCAAGGAGCUCAAGAAUUCCUAUUAAAAAUCGUUUAAAAAACGCUUAUUUUCAAAUAAUAAUUUUGCCGUUUGAAUAUUCAAGGUUAAAAUAAAGCUUCAUUAACAUGCGAUGUAAUACUUUUUUCUUUUUUUUUUCUAAUUCAACAAAGAAUAAAGAAAAUAGUUUAUUGUAAUUAUAAUGUUUCAUUAUCAUUAUUAAACAUAUGCUUAUAUUUGAUUUAGCCUGUUAAAAUUAUUGUUAACCUGAAAUUCUCUUUUUGAAAUUAUCGAAAAUUGACGAGUUUAGAUGCAAAAGUUUUAAUCAAAAAACGAAAAAAUUAUAGGGGGCGUAAAUAAUUAAAAUCGAUUGUAACCACCCGCUUUUCCAAUGCCUCUUAACAAAAUACUUUGUCGAGCGAAGACGAGGAGGAGACCUCCGCCUUUCUUCAAUCUGCUUCAAGAUUUGCGAAAACAGUUUCCAGAUCUUUCGCCGGUUGAGAUAGCAAAAUUGGGUGGAAAAAUAUGGCGGGAACUGAAACCAGAAGAAAAAGCGAUGUACAUGAAGUUGGAACAACGACAGGCCAAGACACACCGCCAUAGAUAGAAUAACCAUUAUUUCAUUCCCGUUUUUGUGACAAUAAAUUCUAGUUGUGUUUUUUCC